GACGACAAAAUCGUUGGCUUGGCUUCUGAUUUUCUUUUAAAUGACGGUCAGUUUACAGAUGUUAACGAGACAUUUGACACUUUGUAUGAUCAGUGGUCCGUUUAAGACUUUGUAAGAACUCGAUUCGGUCCACAAUGAUUCAAUUUCCCGGAUCACCUUUUAACACGAUGUCUCGCCACAAAGACAAGUAUGAACCCAGCAACCCUAGGAGAUCUCACACCUUUAUGCCUCUUGAGGAAGUCAAUGCGGGGAAAAAGUCCCAGUGGAUGGAGUUGGAGAUAACAGGUACUAUACGCAACCUCAGUCCUAACCUAUGGAAGCUGCAGCAUCUGACGUCUCUCUACCUGAACGACAACAACCUUACUCGAAUUCCACCUGAGAUCUGCCGCCUCACAUGCCUCGUACAGCUGGACUUAUCUUGCAACAAGCUACGCAACCUGCCACCUGAGAUUGGGGAGCUUGUGACUUUGCGUGAGCUCCUUCUGCACAACAACUACAUCAGGACCCUUCCCUUGGAGAUGGGAAAACUCUUCAAGCUACAGAUACUUGGCCUAAAGGGUAAUCCGCUCUCAACGGAUAUAAUGAGUCUAUUCAGCGAGGUCAACGGAACCGACAAGAUUCUCUCCUACCUGUUGGAUAAUCUGCCCAUCACGGCACCCCUACCGCCAAUGAGACCGUGGAUCCCGCUGGGCCAUCCCGACCGAAACCGGCCGACUUGUAUCUUUACGGUGAUGUGCUAUAACGUUCUGUGCGACAAGUACGCCACCAGACAGAUGUACGGCUAUUGUCCAAGUUGGGUGCUCAAAUGGGAAUACAGGCGCAAAAGUAUCCUGGAGGAAAUCCGCCAUUAUUCCGCCGAUAUCAUCAGUCUGCAGGAGGUAGAGACGGAACAAUUUUACAAUUACUUCCUGCCCGAGUUGAAGCGUGACGGUUACGACGGCAUUUUUUCGCCGAAAUCACGCGCCAAAACGAUGGCCGAAAGCGACAGGCGCUACGUCGAUGGUUGCGCCAUCUUUUACCGCACGGCAAAGUUUUCAUUGGUGUACGAUCACCUGAUAGAGUUCAACCAAUUGGCGCUGGCCAACGCCGAGGGAUCGGAUGAUAUGUUGAAUCGUGUCAUGACCAAAGACAAUAUCGGUUUGGCAGCGUUGCUCGAAACAAAAGAGGCCGCAUGGAGCAACGGCAUCCGGCCGGAUCCCUCGCAAAUUCACCAGCCGCUGUUGGUGUGCACGGCGCACAUCCAUUGGGAUCCGCAGUACUGCGACGUCAAACUAGUGCAGACCAUGAUGUUGAUGAACGAAUUGAAACAGUUGACCCAGGAUGCUGUGGGCCAUUCAUUCCGGCCGGGGCACAAUAAAGCAGACCCGUCUCACACGCAGUUGCUCCUUUGCGGCGAUUUCAAUUCGCUGCUGGACUCUGGCGUCAUCGAGUUCCUUAACUCGUCGCGUAUCUCGGCCAACCAUCCCGAUUUCAAGGAACUCGGAUACAAGGCGUGCCUGCAGAAAGGCAUCGCCAACUUUUCGGACAAGACCAACGAGUUUACGCACCCGUUCCGGCUGUCCACGGCCUACACGACGGACGUGAUGCCUUACAGCAACUACACGUACGACUUCAAGGGCCUCAUCGACUACAUCUUUUACAGCAAGAACACGAUGGUGCCGUUGGGUCUGCUCGGGCCCGUCGAUGCCGAAUGGUUUAGGGAGAACAAAGUCCUCGGCUGUCCUCACCGUGAUAUUCCAUCAGAUCAUUUCUCGUUGCUGGUGGAGUUGGAAAUGUCGCCGACCUACUCCGGUCUGGGCUCGAACGGUUUCAUUCCUAGGCGGUAGCCCCUAGCGUCACAACAACAACAACAACAAAAAAAAAAAAAAAAGAACCUGACUUAUAACUGGUGGACCUCAACAACAACAACAACAAAAAAAAACUGUUUUUUUUUUUUUCCCUUCUUUAUAUUUUUUUUCUUUCUUUCUUUCUUAAAUAGUUGCAAACAGAUUCGUGGUAUCGCGUUCGGUUCUCGUAUCCAUUUCCUUCCCACUUCAUUGGUCGUUUCAUCCAACAGUCCCAUCUUUAUAUCAUCAGGAUUCUUUUUUUUUUUUUUUUCCCCCUUUUUUUUCACACGACUUCCUUUGUGCUUCUUCAUUUCUUUCUGGUUGAUUGAUUUUAACCUUUCCUCCCCUCUCUUGUACAUCUAGGUUUCAGUCGCCCAGUCCGAGUUCUUCCUCUCUUCUAACCUCAUCCUCGUGCUCCAACCCUCGUCUCUCAAUUUUUAUCAGAAAACGAAAAAGAAAAAAAAAAGGCAGAAUUUAAACUUCCUUCCAUUCUCUCUCUCUCUCUCUCUCUACCCUGGUCGAAGAUGGAAAUGCUCUUCUUAAAACUCAUCAUUAUUACCAUUAAUUGAAAAGAAAAAGAAACGAUUAUUAGAUAUCAACCUAAAAAUUGACCUUCUCUCCGGGAUCAGUAUGGGAAACCUUUAAAAAGAAAACACAAAUUUUUUUAAAUAACGUUCCGUACAGUAAAGUAGUAUCCGAGUGUUUUGUGUCGAAGAGUGCAAGUGUGUGUGCGUAGUUUCGUUCGAUGCGAUCCCCCAAUCCUCGAAUUUUUGUUUUUUUUGUUUUCAUUAUUCUUUCCGUUCGUUUUAAUCGGUGCUUGCAAAACGAAAUUUUUUUUUUUUCGUAGUGUCCCUUUUUCGUUCACAAUGUCACUGAAGAGAAACACGUUCAUUCAAAUUUCAUCGCUAAACCGGAUUACGAAAAAGGAAAAACAAAAAUGAAGCCAGAGCUCAGGAUCUCAAGCUUUUUUUCUCUCUCUUUCUAUCCCACUCUAUAAGGUCAUGACUGCUAACAAAAAAAAAGAAAAAGAAAAGAAAAAAAGUUACUUAAAAUAAUUUUUAUAAAAAAUAAAAAAACAAAAAACAAAAAAAAAAAGAGAAAACAAAUUUAAAAGUUAAAGAAAAAGAAAAGAAACGGACAAAUUGUAUAUGAACUUUUACUAUUACGUGCCGAUAUCUUCUUGUAUGAUGUGUGGAGGAAGGUCCGGCCGGUUGUACUUUUUGACACGUUGCCCAUCUGAUCCUCGGACCAAUAUUUUCUUUACUUUUUCGAAUUUAAUUUCCGGCCAAUCUUUUUUUAACAUUUUUUUUUUUUUCCUGUUCUUUUUCGGUUUAAACUUCUCCUUCAAUAGCGCCAUAGCUUUUUAUUUCCAAAAUCUAUCUUCUUUUUUUAUUAUUAUUAUUAUUAUUAUUUUAAUUUCUUUCUUUGUAGGAAUAGAGUAAAUAUUUUGAUUCAUUACUGGGCUUCAAAGAAAAGAAAGGAAUUUGAAUGAAAUCGUGUCAAACAAACAAACACAAAAAAAAUAAUUCGAAUUUUAUUUUUUUUUUAUUUUAAAAGGAAAGUUUUUUUUCUUUUGUCCUUCUUUUCCCCUCCAUGCAUGUUUGGUUUGUGUGUGAAUGCUUUGUGAUGACUUUUAAGACAAGGGGAGGACUAAUGAAUUGAAAUUGCAUGAAUUUAAGAAUUUCGUCAAAUCUUUGAUGACCAUCCACUGUGCAUGUGUGAAGUGAGAAAGAAAUGGAGGAAAGUUGAAAUCCUCCCUCAGCCGAGUGUACAAAAAGAAACUGUGAAACGACGAACGGGCCGACGAUGAAAAAGAUUGUAUACUUCGUUUUUCAUGUUUUUCACGACUUUUUCACGAAAAAAAUCGUCACAUGCGCACCAACUGAAAAAAAAAAAAACUUUUGUCCUCAAUGUAGACUUGAUCCUACUGUAGACACUCUUCCUCCUGUCCUCCACCCCACCCAAAAGAAGAAAGUUAAAAUGAAAAAAAAAAACAAAAAAAAAAAAAAAAAUGAUUUCUGUACAUCAUCACAAAAAUCCCCCAAAAGGAUCGGAAUCCCGUUUCCUGUACAUUUCAUCUACACAUACAAACAACAUCUUUCACCUUAUCUUAAAGCCAAUUCUUCCGAUUUCUUUUUUUUUUUUUUAGAUUUUAUUUUUAUUUUAUUUUUAUUUUUUUCAGUUUUUAAAACGUAAAAAUGAAUUAGAAUCUUUACCCUCGACCUACCCACCUUUUCUUUUUCGAGCAAUCAUUGAAAAAUAUAAAAAAAAAAACAUGUUCAAAUUUUUCUCUCGGCUGUAAAUGUAACGUUGAUCACCUGCGAUAUGUGCAUCGUUCAAUGUAUUCUAUUUCUUUAUUGAUUGAUUGGGUUCCCACUCGUCCCUACACUAUACAAAUUCUUUCUGUUUUCUUCUCGGUUUUUCAAGAAUGGGGCCUGAUGUACGAAGGGAGGGGAAAUCUUUCAUUUUUUUCCGUAUUUUUUGCCAUUGGGAUGGAGCGGGAAAAUGGAUGUGAGUAAACGAAAAAAAUAUG